AUGCUGGUGCAGCGGAAGGGUGGGUCGCAGAAGCGCAUGACGGUGUUGCGGAUGGGCGUGGCGCUGCGGACGGCCCUAGCGCUGUAUGUGGGCUCGGCGCUGCGGACGCUGCAUGUGCAGCAAAUGGGCGGGCCGCAGCAGCGGGCGACGGUGCUGUGGACGGGCGGGGCGCUGCGGACGGCCCCGGCGCUGCAGAUGGGCUCGGCGCUGCGGAUGAUGCAGGUGCCGCGGACGGGCGGGGCGCAGCAGCCGGUGACGGUGCUGUGGACGGGCGGGGCGCUACGGACGGCCCUGGCGCUGCAGAUGGGCUCGGCGCUGCAGAUGAUGCAGGUGCCGCGGACGGGCGGGGCGCAGCAGCGGGUGACGGUGCUGUGGACGGGCGGGGCGCGGCGGACGGCCCUGGCGCUACAGAUGGGCCGGUCGCUGCGGAUGAUGCAGGUGCCACGGACGGGCGGGCCGCAACAGCGGGUAACGGUGCCGCGGAGUGGCGGGGGGCUGCUGAAUGCCCAGCCGCCGCGGCAUUCGGUGGUGGGCGUCUUGCGCCGCCCUGUCUCUGUCGGCGGCCGCUUCGCUGCGCCUGUGCCUGGCGUGCACGCCGCCGUGCUUCGGCCGCAAUGUUGUUGGCGGUCGCACGCGUCCGGCGUGUUUGCUGAACGUUGCGGCGGCGAAUACGAAGGCCAGCUGGUGGACGGGGGUUUGGCACCGGCAUAUCGACCACAGGCGCCGUACCGUAAAGAUGCUGAAUUACCCGCUUCCUUCUUUCAACUGACUCGUCUGCAUACUCUCGCGCUCUCAGUCUCCUCCUUUCUCGUGUCACCCGAUCUUCCGAACCUGAUAUCUCUUAACAACCUCGAUAUUUUCUCGUGGAGUGUGACUUAUGAGCAGAUUCUCAACCUUUCCUCUCUCCCGAGCAUCACCUCCCUUUCAAUUUCUGACAAUCAGGGUGUUCGCAGGCAAGAUCCCACCUCUGCUAAAUUCGACCUCUCGCAGCUGCUUCUGCUCAAGUCGUUAAGAAAGCUUCCAGAGUCUUUGACAAGCCUCACGAGCCUGGAAACCCUGCUGGUUGAUGACUGUGCUGAGCUCGUGUCUGUGCCAAGAGAAUUAGAGAGCCUCAAGAAGCUUAAGUGCCUGGAGCUGACUGGGAGCCUGCAUCAGAUAGAGCCUCCAAUGUUUCUGCCGCUCUCUCUCGAGGUGUUAAGCCUGGGGAAUAGUUACCACAUUAGUGAUCUGCCGUCUCCUUGCUGCCGAGGCUGA